AUGUAUAAGCUGAGCUACGACGUCGAGGAAGCGCGGGGCGGGGCCGGCGGAGUGGCUUCGUCGGAGGCGCCGGCUCCCGCGCGCGACGCGGGCGGCGUGGACGCUGCGUGUGCAGAGGCUGCAGGCCAAGCGCUGCGCCGGCGCGCCGUGCUGGCUUCCGCGAUGGAGCUGGCCUCCGUGCCGCGAGUGAACAGCAGGGAGGAGCUCGCCGCGUUGUGCUGGCACUUCACCAGCGAGGAGUUCUACAACCUCGCGGAGGACCGGGCCGCGGGCGGGAAAUGCGGCUGGCCGCUCUGCAGCGCCCCCUGCCAGGGUCCCCGCAAGCCCACGCUGCACGUCUCCGUCGCGCAGCAAAAGUUCUACGCGACGGGCGGCGAGAGCGGGCCCCAUGAGUUCUUCUGCGGCACGCAAUGCCACGUCGACGCCGCGGCCUUCGCGGCCAGCCUCGGAGACGCCGUCAGCACAAAGACGGCAUACGCGCACAGGCUCGCACAGGCCGCGGCCGCCCGCCGGGACGGCGCGCGCAACGCCGCCGACACGCCUCCACGCGCCCCGCAGGCCGGCGGCUUCGCGCUGCCUUACGUCAGCGCAUCCGCAGCGCAGGGCGGCGCAGUCAGCAUGGUGGUGCGAGAGCGACAACCGGCGCCGCGGGAGCCCGCGAAGCCCGCGCCGGACCCGCCCGCGACGGACGGAAAGGCGCGGGGCGACGCGGUGCUCGUGCUCGACAUCGAGGCGGGCCAGGACGAGCCGGGCGGGAGCGGCGGGGCGGACGGUGACGAAGUGGCGGGCAAGAUGGCAACACUGCGCGUGGAGCGCGGCGGCGCGGCGGCGCCGGGCGACGGCGCGGAGGAGCGGAGGAGCGCGGACGCGCCGCCGCCGCUGCGGUCGCCGCUGCUGCCGGCGUGGCUGCCGGGGGGGGGUGUGGACCCGCGCGUAGUGCUGCUGCGGAAACAGCGUGACGUGAGCGACACGGUGCGCGGGCAGAUGAGCGGGGGGGACUCCGGGGACGAGGUGUGGGAGACGGACGACGAGGAGGGCUGGGAGUCGUCGCAGGACGGGCGGAGCAGCGACGGCGGGGGGGGCGGCUCUGACGGCGGGGGGGGGUCGGAAUCCGACGACGACCUGUUCGGGAUCCCGAAGGAGUUCGAGCUGCCGCCUUCCUGCUUCACCGCGCGCUACCUGGCCCUCUCGCGGUGCCGCACGGACCGCACCCGCGUCUUCCUUGGCGCCAUAGACCCCCCCCCUCCGCGGCCCAGCGGCGGCCCAACGGACCCCGGCGCCGCCCCGGUGGCCCCGCGCCCGCCGGGCGCGCACCACGAGGCCGCGCUGGCCUUCGCACGGUCCGUCACGCCGCUCGCCCAGAAGCUCGCGCUGCGUGCCAAGUCCCCGGUGCCGCUGGCGACCGUCAACGCGGACGUGUUGGAGCUGAUCUCGACGCUGGACAUGCGCGUGCCGCCGCCGUCGCUCGCGCUGUCGGAGCGCACGCUGUACGCCGCGGUGCUGCUGCGCGCGCUGGCGUUCCGGCGGCAGCCCGCGCUGGCGGGGAUGUUUGCCUUCGAGGGCGGCGCGGAGAGCUGCGCGGGCGGCAGCGCAGAGGAGAUGCGGGAGGCGCUGCGCGAGGUGGACGUCCCCGCGGACGAGCUCGAGGGCCUGGCUGCGGCGCUGUUCCAAUGA